AUGAUCCUGUUAUGGGUUACACUGCUUGUUCUUCAUCGAGGAUAUGAGUAUACGUUGGUUCCAGUGACCACAGUUCAACUUGGUGAGCCUGUGACUUUAACGUGUGAUUUGCCUGGUGAUGAGUUAAGAGAUGAAGUCUUCUGGUACAAGCAGAGUGCAGGGGAGACUCUGAAAUUAAUUGUGAGACUGCUGAAACAUGUAAACCCUGUGUAUGGACCAGAGAUUUCUGCCUCAAGAUUGAAUGUAAAAGUUUAUAAGAAUAUUAGCAGUCUAACCAUUUUGAGGACGAUUCAAGAAGAUGAGGGAAUGUAUCACUGCACAGUCAUGGAGUGGACUGAGAUUGCCUGGAGUGGCACCUAUUUGUCAUUAAAAGGAAACACUCAGAGAACAUCAAACUAUGCUGUUGUUCAGUGGCCAACAGAAUCUGAUCCAGUCCGUCCAGGAGCCUUGAUGUCUCUCCAAUGUUCAGUCCUCUCUGACUCUGAGAAUAAAAUGUGUCCAGGAGAUCACAGUGUGUUCUGGUUCAGAGCCGGAUCAGAUCAAUCUCAUCCAGACAUCAUCUACACUGAUGGAAAUAGACGUGAUGAAUGUGACAGGAACUCUGACACUCAGAAGAGUUGUGUUUAUCGCUUCUCUAAGAACGUCAGCUCCUCUGAUGCUGGGACUUACUACUGUGCUGUGGCCACAUGUGGACAGAUAUUAUUUGGAGAUGGAACUAAAGUGGAAAUUGAGCGAACAAGAAGUCUUGAGUUUAUUGCACUGGUGAUUGUGACCAUCUGCUUGGUCAUUUCUUUAACUGGAAAUAUUGUUUUCAUCUGUUACCGAAAUACAAGACCAGCAUGUUCUCAAUUUAGAGAAAUAGAAAGUGGUGCUUCACAAGGAAGACAUGACAACUGGAGCCAGCCAGUACAUGAUAUUACUGAGGGUGGACCUGACAUGAACUACGCUGCGCUGCAGUUCUCUGGAAACAAAGCCACAAGAGGAAGGAAGAAGAAAAAGCUGAAGACUGAGGAAAGUGUGUAUUCUCAGGUUAAAUGCUCAAUGUGA